GAAAACCAAGUAAUGGCACUAAAGAAGAAAGGAAUUACUGCGGAAUUUCUCUCCUCAACGAAAACGGCAGAAGCAAAAAAUAAGAUUCAUGAGGACCUUGAUUCUGGAAAACCUUCUACAAGGCUGCUAUAUGUGACUCCAGAGUUGAUAGCAACACCUGGGUUUAUGUCAAAGCUGUCAAAGAUUUAUGCUAGGGGGUUGCUAAGUCUCAUUGCCAUAGAUGAGGCGCAUUGCAUCUCAACUUGGGGCCAUGAUUUCAGACCUAGCUAUCGUAAGCUUUCAUCUUUAAGAAGCCGCCUACCAGAUGUACCAGUAUUAGCUCUGACCGCCACUGCUGUUCCUAAGGUUCAGAAGGAUGUCGUAGAUUCCUUGCAGAUGCAAAAUCCAUUAAUACUGAAAUCUUCUUUUAAUCGUCCUAAUAUAUAUUAUGAAGUUAGAUACAAAAAUCUAUUGGAUGAUGCUUAUGCUGAUUUAUGUAAUACACUCAAAUCUAAGGGAGAUGUCUGUGCAAUAAUUUAUUGCCUUGAACGUUCAAUGUGUGAUGACUUGUCGGCUAAUCUAUCCCAAAGUGGCAUUUCCUGUGCUGCUUAUCAUGCAGGAUUGAAUAAUAAAAUGCGAACUUCUGUGUUAGAUGAUUGGAUUUCUUCCAAGAUAAAAGUUGUUGUUGCCACUGUUGCUUUUGGGUAUGGCAUUGAUAGAAAGGAUGUCAGAAUUGUGUGCCACUUCAAUAUUCCCAAGUCAAUGGAAGCAUUCUAUCAAGAGUCAGGCAGAGCAGGUCGUGAUCAAUUGCCUUCAACAAGUCUGUUGUACUAUGGGGUAGAUGAUCGCAAAAGAAUGGAAUUUAUAUUAAGCAACUCAGGGAGCAAGAAGUUACAGUCAUCAAAUUCACAAGAAGAAUCAUCCAGAGUGUCCCUGACUGCUUUCAAUCAGAUGGUUGAAUAUUGCGAAGGAUCUGGAUGUCGUAGAAAAAGAAUUCUCGAGAGUUUUGGAGAACAGGUAACUGCGUCACUAUGUGGAAAAACAUGUGAUUCCUGCAGACAUCCAAACUUAGUUGCCAGAUAUUUGGAGGAUCUCACAACUGCCUGUGCUCUACGGCAGAAAAAUGGUUCUUCUCGAGUUUUUAUCACCAGUUCCACUGAUGCAAUCAACGAAAAACAGUUAUCUGAAUUCUGGAAUCGGGAUGAGGAAGGAAGUGGAUCAGAGGAGGAUAUUUCUGACUCAGAUGAUGAGUUGUCAUUGGCAGAUGGUAAUGAGAUUGUCAACAACCUAACCAGGUCAAAGCGUCAUUCCAGAUUGGGAGUAAAUGAAAAGCUUUCUUUGUUACAACGGGCAGAAGAAAACUUCUAUCGAAACAAGAACACUGAUAAACAGAGCAUCAAAGUUGACAAGAAUGCUAUUUCCGAUACGAUGCGAGGAGCAAGCAGGCAAAGACUGCAGAAUGCUCUAAAUCAGGCUCAGCAACGGCUUGACGACUUCAAGAUUGAAAUGGAAACAUCAGCAUCUUUCCUCGAAGAUGAAUGCUACAAGAAAUAUGGCAAGGCUGGCAAGUCUUUCUAUUAUUCACAAGUGGCAAGUACUGUAAGGUGGCUGACGACUACAAGUUCUACCAAUCUGAUGAACCGACUUUGUGAAAUUAAUGCUUCCACAUCAAUGAAUGUCUUGUCUGAAACUGAACAUGCCCUCACACCACCACCUGCUUUAGAUCCUUGUGCAAAAGAAGAUACUGGCAAUGAACUCUCGGGCAAUGCUAGAUCAGAAACUUCCCCAGGUGUGCCAAUGGAAAGUUCUUUGAAUGCGAAGUUGCCACAAAUACCAUCCUUCUCUGAAUUCGUAAACAGUAGGAAAGCAAAGGGGGACCAAUCAAAUGACUCAAAAAAACAUUCAUCAAGAGUAGAAAAGAAGAUGAGGGUACAAUAAAUUGACUCUUUCGUAGGCUACUAUUAAUUUGUUUGAAUAUUAGUUGCAAUAUAUUGUCAAGUGCCAACUUUGGUUUUUGUAAAACAAAUAGCUCUCUAGUUUUCAAUCAUUUUCGUAUUGUUCAUAAAAAUAUGUAAAAAUUCCA